UGUAGGAUGUAGCGACCUCAAGCGACGACUUAUAUUAACGAUUGGACGUUGGACAUCUACGGAUUUGGUAGUAUAUGAUUCGCGUUGGCGCGCGCCUUGCUGCUCUUUCCGGUUUGAGUCGUCGACCCGUGCAGACGCACUGCUGCAGACAUGACGUCCAAAGUUUCGCGUGACACUCUGUACGAGUGCGUCAACGCCACAAUCACUGGCGCUCAAGAAAAGAAGAGGAAGUUUCUGGAAACUGUGGAACUCCAAAUUGGUCUGAAGAACUAUGAUCCCCAGAAGGACAAGCGUUUCUCAGGCACCGUCAAGCUAAAGAACAUUCCUCGCCCAAAAAUGCAAGUCUGUGUUCUUGGAGACCAGCAGCAUUGUGAUGAAGCCAAAGCUAACAAUAUUCCUUUCAUGGAUGCUGAGGCUCUUAAGAAGCUGAACAAGAACAAGAAACUCGUAAAGAAACUAGCCAAGAAAUACGACGCUUUCCUUGCUAGCGAAUCUUUGAUCAAGCAGAUCCCCCGUCUGUUGGGUCCCGGUCUUAACAAAGCCGGUAAAUUCCCUGGUCUCCUCUCUCACCAGGAGUCCAUGGUUGGAAAGAUUGAUGAAGUCAAAGCCACCAUCAAGUUCCAGAUGAAGAAGGUAUUGUGUCUGUCGGUCGCCGUAGGACACGUUGACAUGACCCCAGAUGAGCUCGUUCAGAACGUCCAUCUGUCGAUCAACUUCCUCGUCUCGCUGCUGAAGAAGCACUGGCAAAACGUCCGAUCCCUUCACAUCAAGUCAUCCAUGGGAACGCCCCAGAGGCUGUACUAAACAUCUUUUAUUUUGUUUUCGAUUUUAAUACCGUUUACAGAAUAAUAAAGCAACACCAUCAGCUUUUUAAA